AGCUUCUACCGUAAGUCCAUUCCAGCUGACGCCAUGAACAGUACCGCACAGGAUAGCACAGCACAGCACCAGCACCGCUGGAGAAACGUCUGGCGCUCUCCCAUACGCAGCACAGGCACAGAAGACGCCGGUCCUACUGUGGGCGACGACGACACUCGGUGUCGACGAUGCCGGCCAUGCUCGACGACCCGACGGCGCCCGCGAUCUAUCGCAUCUCGGGUCAGCAGCCGUUUCCCGAGCCCUUUGGUGCACUCCCGCAUGAGAUCUCGCCCAAGCAGGUGACACUCCGCGACAGGACCACAAUUGCUACCCUUGUUCCGUUCUCGUCACCAAAUCAGGUGCCUCCACACUUGACUGCCUAUCUGUGCGAGCUCUUGAACCGCGAAAUCGAAAAAGGUGACACGUACCCCAUGAUUGAUGGUAUGGCGCUAUCUUCCUUCGCGGCUUACUGGUUUGCCAAUUUCGGCGCCAUCAUGGUCGUCGGCGACAUCUCCACGCCAGAAGAGAUAACACACAUGGAGGAGCAGGGUGUGGACUGGGCCAAGCUCUGCUUGGGAAGCUUCUACGUCAAACCAAACUACCCAGGUCGGAGCAGUCACAUCUGCAAUGGUGGCUUUCUCGUCACUGAUGGAGCUCGAAAUCGUGGCGUUGGCCGGCUCAUGGGAGAAGUCUAUCUUGAGUGGGCUCCCAAACUCGGCUACACGUACUCCGUUUUCAACCUUGUGUACGAGACCAAUCUGGCAUCUCUGCGCAUUUGGGAUGCUCUUGGCUUUAAGAGAAUUGGGAGAGUCAAAGGCGCCGGAAAUCUCAAGAGCUACCCAGGAACAAUGGUAGACGCCAUCAUCUUUGGCCGAGAGCUGGGGGGCGAGAAUGAAGAGUAUCAAAGCGAGGAGCGCUUCGAUAAGAUUCGAUACUAUCUCAAGUCGGGCGCCUACCCAGCCGGCUCAGACCGUGCUGAGAAAUCGAGACUGCGGUCUGCUGCAACUCACUACAGAUUGAUCCCUGGCAAUGGAGAAGAGGACAAGCUCAUGCUGAAGGGGAAAGAAGUGGUCUCUGAUCCGCACAAGCAGUACGAAAUCGCCCGCGCGAUGCAUGCCCAGACACAUGGCGGCAUCAACAAGACCACUGCUGGUAUUGCAGAGAAGUAUCAUUGGGUGCGCAUCAAGGAGACUGUCAGUGCUGCAAUACGAAACUGUGCCGAAUGCAAAGAGUCCUUGACACCCAAACAUGCAGGCGCCAUUUCUCCUUCCACUGGUGGUGCUAGUGCUCGUCGUGGUCCGUUAGCUGGCCCCAAAAAGAGCACUCCUGUUGUGGCACGUCAAAUCGUGCCUGUCAGUCCGGAUGUAGGUCUGACUAAUACAAUCACCGGUCCACCAUCAAGCGAGUCCAGUCAACAGGCACAGCACAUGGUACAUAGUUCGCAGCGUGACAAUCAGCAAGUGCACCAGCAAUUGGACCAAGAGCUUCUUCAGCAUGCAGUACCAACUGCUAGAAUGGGCGGCAUAGUGGAUUAUCAAGAUGGUUCCAGCGCCGACUAUGGUGACACUGGGCCUGUUGAUCCUCAGCUGAUGUGGCAGACUGGACAUGACGAUCAGUCUAUGCAGAUUGAUAGUGAUGACAAGACUGGUAACACCGAAGACGAUGGCGAAUCUCACCUCCGAGAAGUGCUUGGUGCGCACGCCAUGGCAGGUGAGAUUCAGUCAUUCUUAGGAGAGGCAGCACAACGACAGGAAAACCGCUAGGAGGAGUUUGACUAUAGUGACGGCGAUGCCCAUAUGAGUGCAUUCUUCCAGAACACCAUGGAUGCUUGGGAGACACUAAAUUAGCAGGAGGAAAACGCGAUGAUGCUGGCAAUCGCGAUCCAAGGUACAAUGCGGCCUCUUCAACAAGCCAGGGGCAUCAGGUGAUACCGCCUUGCAAGACAGGUGUAACUGCACAACUCAACGUCGGUUUCAAGAUUCGCGCACUGGCAGAACCAAUAGCGACAGUACAUAUGUGGUCGCCGAAGAAUGGCGAACGAGUCUCAAGUGCAUAGAGGAGAUUCCAAUGACAAAUUGUUGUAAAAAGCGGCCCUAGAUAAUGGUGGGUACAGCCCUACUCUACCUUCACUUCACAUCAACAUCAAC